AUGCAUCGAGAUCUCAAACCAGAGAACUUCCUAUUUGCAAAUAAGAAGGAAAAAGCUGUGUUGAAGGCAAUUGAUUUUGGAUUGUCAGUCUUCUUUAAACCUGAAACUGAGCAAGGGGAAGCGCAGGCAAUUAUUCGCUCCGUUAUUGAUUUCAAGACGGACCCUUGA